GCCGAAACAGCCUCUUCGUCGUUCUGGACAGAAGACUUCCAAAAGGACAAGUAUGAUGGUAUCAAAGCAAGCAUCAACCCUGUCAAGUCGCCAACAUUCGCCGGCAGUGUCUCAUUAUAGCUCACUACCUCUGACUGUUCUCGCUAUCACUCUGAUGUCCCCACCCGCUACUUCAGAGUCUAUCUUGGAUGAUAGCACUCUUCCGGAUAUGUCUCAGACUUCCUCAAAUGUCAUGCCUCAAACUCCAAGUCCUUCAAACACUGUUGUGCCAUACAACUCUCAAGCGUUGAAGACAACAAAUCAUGAUAUGAUUAUAUCAGCUGAUCUCGCAACUGAUCCUAUCACCUACAUCAAUGGAGAAGUCCCCAGAGGUCGAGCAAAGGCGGCUGACUAUGAACCGACUAUCGAGAAACUGAUCAAUGCUGCAGGGACUCAUUACAAGGUCAAUGUACUCACCAUUCACGCAUUUCCAUCAAGGGAAGUUCAGACUCAGUGGGCGAAGGAAGCGUGGGCAGCUGCCUGUCUGGGUGCUAGUCAGCGGUUUGCCAUCCAAGGCACCAAUCGACUGCUUAAAGCGAUCAAGUUCCUAUUAGAGGAAUGGCAAUCCGGACAAUGCAUUCAUAGUGAUUUCACUGAGGACAACAAUGGCACCCAGUUCGCGGUGAACCUCAAAUGUGUAUGUGACUGGGAAACAACUAAUCCAGUGGUCAUAGAGAAGAUUCGAUGGAGCAUGUACAAGCGAGUCUGUCAAAUGGCCAGCAUCAAGACUGUCAAUGCUAGCAUUUCUAUAGGUUUCUCAGAUGCAUCAAAGAAACGUGUCGCCGAAGAGCUUGCAGGUCAUACCAGAGAUACCGAGAGUGAAAGAUCCAGCGAUGAGGACAGUGAUGAUGGUCGAGAGGCAUUCCCAGCUCUAUCUGUGACUAUCGCUAAUGAACAAGUGGGUGGGCAAGACUAGGCUGACAGAACUAUACCAUGCUAUUCACUAUAGUAGACCAGAGCAAUAUAUAGUUUUUAUUAAU